CACCCAUUAACUCCCGCCCAAGUCUUAGCCUAGGUGAAAUGGCUUUCUUCAAAGGAGCAGCUUCAGAAGGUAACAGAGCUGCCAAUCUUCUCAAAAAGAGAGAGAAAGAUAGAGAGGAGUUGGAAAAAAUGAAGCAAAAAAUAUCAGAGGACAUUGGAGCCAAAAGUAUAUUUGAAUCAAAUGAAAAGUUUUCAACACAUUUUGACAUUGUUGAAGAAGAGCUGAGGACAUCGACAAUUGGUUUAAUGACACUUGAAGAAAUGAAGAUGAAAAGAGAAUUACUCAUUCAAGAGAGGAAGAAGAAAUUGGCAGCAGCUGUUUCAGAAGAAAACAAGCAGGACUCUCUUGAUGGAAAGAAAGGAGAAAAGAGAAAAUUGAAAGCAAAGCCAGUUUUGUCAUUUGAUGUUGAAGAAGAUGAAGAUGAAGAGAGAGAGGAGGAGGAGGAGGAGGAGCAAGUGGAAAAGGAAGAAGCUCCUCCUACUUUUAAACGAAAGAAGUACAGUCACUUUGGAAAGAAUCCUACAGUUGAUACUUCUUUUCUACCUGAUCGAGACAGAGAGGAGGAGGAGAAAUACGAGAGAGAAUGUCUUAGACAAGAAUGGGUGGAGCAACAGAACGAACUUAAAAACGAGGUUAUUCAAAUAACAUACAGUUUUUGGGAUGGUUCAGGUCACCGUAGACACGUACAAAUGAAGAAAGGAAACACAAUUCAUGAGUUCUUGCAGAAAUGUCUCGAAAACCUUCGAAAAGAAUUCAAAGAAUUAAGAGGAGCAUCAGUGGAUGGGUUGAUGUACAUUAAAGAAGAUCUGAUCAUACCUCAUCAUUACUCGUUUUACGACUUCAUAAUAAACAAAGCAAGAGGAAAGAGUGGCUCAUUGUUCAGCUUUGAUGUACAUGAAGAUAUAAGACUUGUUAAUGACGCUGGCAUUGAAAAAGAUGAAUCUCAUGCUGGUAAGGUUGUGUUGAGGAGUUGGUAUGAAAGGAACAAGCACAUAUUCCCUGCCAGCAGGUGGGAGCCAUACGACCCUGAGAAGAAAUGGGAUAAGUACACAAUUUCUGAUAAAAGUGCAGGACAAUAGAUUCACCUCUGCUGCUUCUUCUUGCAAACGAAGGAGGAUUGUACUGUACAUCUUUUAAUGUUAUUAUUAUUAAAUUUUAAUUUAUUUUGUCUGCAAUAAUUAUUAUGCAAGUGUAAUAGAUUAGUCAUGACAUA